AUGGCGUACAAGGUGAAAGGGAUCUUCAAGGGCCUCAAGGUCUUCUCCCGGAUCUUCGCGGUGAAGGAGCACGAGAUGGAGAUCGGUUACCCGACGGACGUGAAGCACGUCGCGCACAUCGGCUGGGACAGCGCGGCGGGCAGCGCGUCUCCGAGCUGGAUGAACGACAUCAUGGCGUCCUCGGAUUUGUCGUCCCUGGGCAACUUUGCAGCGUUGACUGGUACCUCCUGGAUUUCUCAAGAUCUCGACCGCCAGCAGCGUGUCGGCGCGGUCGUUGCAGAGGACACCGUCAGGCGGGACGAUUCGGCCACGUGCCCCGACGUUCCAAGGCUGCCGAGGAAGCCGGGGACGAAGAAGCCCAGGGAUGGCUCGCCGACGGCACCGUCGGUGUCGGAACCGUCCAGCAGCUCCAAGGACGAGGUGGCGGCGUCGCCACCGUCACCAGCAGCUCAUGUGGACGCUGCUGCAAAUGCCGCCGGAUGA